AUGGACAAAUUGCACGUGAAGGAUCAGAAUAAAGUAAAGGUUCCAGAAGAGAAAGCAACGACAAGCAAAACUUCAGUUGCUGUUGCUGCAAAGAUUAUUACGUCUAAAAAAGAUGGAAGCGAAGUGAAUACUCUCAGUCUUACCGAUCAAAAUCAUAAUAAUAUAUCGAACACGAAUUACAACUGUCGUACUAACAGCAAGGCAGGCGGUAGAAAUAUUCGUAAGAUAUACACUGGUGCAAUUACUACUGACAUAGUUGCAAAAACCAUCAUUAGUAAUGAUGCAACAAAAAAAAGUGGGAAUUUAGAUUAUCAAGCAAAGAACAAUAAUGACAGCAAAGGACCAAUAAAGCCAUUGGAUCCGAUGAUCAUUGGUACUCAGCCGAUACAGAAAUCAUGGCAAGCAAUUAUGACUGGAGCCAAUGAGUAUCAGCAAUACUGUCAUCAAAUUGUGGCACACAUGCUACAGAAUGGAUAUCCACCAACUUAUGUGCAGAUGACGACAGCAUCCGUGACACGGCCACAGAUAACUGAAAGAAGUAUCAAUUUCGAAAUGCGACGUGAGAAGCCUUGCUACUGGAAAGGCGAAUUACCACCUCGUAAUUACUGUAAUCCGGUGUUCUCCAGUAAAGUUUUCAUUGGUGGUGUUCCGUGGGAUAUUACAGAACCUGCGCUUCUUGACUCAUUUUCGAAAUAUGGCUCAUGUCGGGUAGAAUGGCCUAGCAAAGAGUCACGUCAUGCACGCAUAAAUCCACGAAGAACUAAAAUUACCGGUUACGUAUAUAUGAAUUUCGAAAAUGAUCUGGCGGUGAAGAAACUGUUGCAAGAUUGCUCUCAGGAGUUUGGGACAGCUGGUGAAUGGUAUUUCAAAUUGACAGCACGACGAGCCAAUGGAUUAGAAAUAAGACAGGUACAAGUUAUUCCAUGGGUAAUAACAGAUGCCUCAUAUAUUCUCAAUCCAAACAUUCCUUUGGAACCCAAGAAAACAGUGUUCGUUGGAGCUUUGCAUGGCAUGAUUACGGCGCAGGUUUUAUUUUCGAUCAUGAGAGAUGUUUAUGGUGAUGUGCUUUUUGUUGGAAUCGAUACAGAUCGUCAAAAGUAUCCAAUAGGUAGUGGACGAGUCACGUUUUCGACACAGUCAGCUUACUUCCGUGCGAUUGAGUCCGGUUACCUUGAAAUUCAUACCUCGAAAUUCACUAAAAAAGUACAGAUUGAUCCAUUUCUGGAGGAUGUCAAAUGCUCGCAAUGCGAAUGUGUUCAAGGUCCAUAUUUCUGCCGCGAAAAGAGCUGUUUCAAGUACUUUUGUCUGCAAUGUUGGGAGGUUCGUCAUGCACUAACCGGUCCAUAUGGCGGUCACAAACCGAUGAUUCGCACACAUCGUCGACCGAUGCAGUCGGAAUCUUACGUCGCGUACAGUGCAGCUAAUUGCACUGUUUCAUGUGAUCCACGCACUAUUAUAUCGCAGCAGUAUUUUGGCACUGUUACAUCUGAGAUUGGGAUUCAGGUGAACAUACGACCGCCAGUUCCCGACCAUAUUGCAGAAAUUACCAAAUCCGCAGGUGUAAAGCUGACGUUUGGACAGCCGGCAUAUAUGUUGCCUACUUAUUCCAGCCAACCUCUCAAGCAAGUGCAGAUUUGGGUGCCACCUGCGAAUCAGCCUUCCAUCGUUUCGCAUGAAAACAAGCUGAAAGCGCGAAAUUUAAAUUCAUCCCGUCGCAUUCCACGCAUUAGUUCAAGUUCCUCUGGAAGUCGAAAUGAUCACGAUCAUAGCGACUCGCCUCUUCAUAUGGAAAAUAUCGUUGACGGGACGCUAUCUGCGGCAUCCGUAUCAUUGAGCUCUCCGAGCACUGAAAUUGUUUCAACCAAUACACCGUGA